CGGGGACACCGACGCAUGCGCGCCGCACUCUCGACUAGGCGGCUGUGGCGCUGGUGGCGUCUGCUGUGGUGUCUGUGGGGACAGAGACGGUGGAAGUGCCCUCUUCGGCUCGGUUGGCCCAGAUUGCGGCUUAUGGCAUUGAGUGGCAUCCAUCGUCAGAUCAUUAACUGAAGAAAAAAUAAACAGCCAUGCAAAAUUCUCACAUGGAUGAGUACAGAAAUUCCAAUAAUGGCAGCACAGGCAACAGUUCAGAGGUAGUGGUAGAUCAGUCUACUGAUUUCAGUACUGAGAUUAUGAAUGUUACAGAAAUGGAACAGUCACCUGAUGGAUCUCCUAAUGUGAAUACAACUACGGAAGAAAAUGAAAUAGCAAAUACUGUGGACCUUCCAGUGACAGAAACAGAAGCAAAUUUCCCUCCAGAAUAUGAAAAGUUUUGGAAAACUGUAGAAAGUAAUCCUCAGGAUUUUACAGGCUGGGUAUAUUUGCUUCAAUAUGUAGAACAGGAGAAUCACUUGAUGGCUGCCAGGAAAGCGUUUGACAAAUUUUUCAUACACUAUCCGUAUUGCUAUGGUUAUUGGAAAAAGUAUGCAGACCUCGAAAAGCGGCAUGACAACAUUAAACAAUCAGAUGAGGUGUAUCGCCGGGGGCUUCAGGCAAUACCUCUUAGUGUUGACCUUUGGAUACAUUAUAUAAACUUCUUAAAAGAAACAUUGGACCCUGGUGAUCCUGAGACAAACAGUACAAUAAGAGGAACUUUUGAGCAUGCUGUUCUAGCUGCAGGAACAGAUUUCCGAUCUGACAGACUCUGGGAAAUGUAUAUAAACUGGGAAAAUGAACAGGGAAACCUGAGAGAAGUUACAGCUAUAUAUGAUCGUAUUCUUGGUAUUCCAACACAGCUGUAUAGUCAUCAUUUUCAGAGAUUUAAAGAACAUAUACAGAAUAACUUACCUAGAGAUCUUCUAACUGGUGAACAGUUUAUUCAGCUGCGAAGGGAAUUAGCUUCUGUAAAUGGGCAUAGUGGUGAUGAUGGUCCUCCUGGUGAUGAUCUACCGUCAGGAAUUGAAGACAUAACUGAUCCAGCAAAGCUAAUUACUGAAAUAGAAAACAUGAGACAUAGAAUCAUUGAAAUUCAUCAAGAAAUGUUUAAUUAUAAUGAGCAUGAAGUUAGUAAAAGGUGGACAUUUGAAGAAGGUAUUAAAAGACCUUAUUUUCAUGUGAAACCAUUGGAAAAGGCACAACUGAAAAACUGGAAAGAAUACUUAGAAUUUGAAAUUGAAAAUGGGACUCAUGAACGUGUUGUGGUUCUCUUUGAAAGAUGUGUCAUAUCAUGUGCCCUCUAUGAGGAGUUUUGGAUUAAGUAUGCCAAGUAUAUGGAAAAUCAUAGCAUUGAAGGAGUGAGGCAUGUCUUCAGCAGAGCUUGCACAAUUCAUCUCCCAAAGAAACCCAUGGUGCAUAUGCUUUGGGCAGCUUUUGAGGAACAGCAGGGUAAUAUUAAUGAAGCCAGGAAUAUCUUGAGAACAUUUGAAGAAUGUGUUCUAGGAUUGGCAAUGGUUCGUUUGAGAAGAGUAAGUUUAGAACGACGGCUUGGAAAUAUGGAAGAAGCUGAACGUUUGCUUCAGGAAGCCAUUAAAAAUGCCAAAUCAAAUAAUGAAUCAUCAUUUUAUGCUAUCAAACUAGCUCGGCAUCUUUUCAAAAUACAAAAAAACCUUCCAAAAUCAAGAAAGGUGCUUUUGGAAGCUAUUGAAAGAGACAAAGAGAACACAAAGUUAUACCUCAAUUUACUUGAAAUGGAAUAUAGUGGUGACCUCAAACAAAAUGAAGAAAAUAUCCUAAAUUGUUUUGACAAAGCUAUACAUGGUUCAUUACCUAUGAAAAUGAGAAUUACAUUUUCUCAGAGAAAAGUGGAAUUUCUUGAAGAUUUUGGUUCAGAUGUUAAUAAGCUUCUGAAUGCUUAUGAUGAACAUCAAACACUCCUAAAAGAACAGGAUUCUUUAAAAAGGAAAGCAGAAAAUGGAUCAGAAGAACCAGAGGAAAAGAAAGCACACACAGAAGAUACAACUUCAUCAUCUACACAGAUGAUUGAUGGUGAUUUACAGGCAAAUCAAGCUGCAUAUAAUUAUAGUGCCUGGUAUCAAUACAAUUAUCAGAAUCCUUGGAAUUAUGGACAGUAUUAUCCUCCCCCUCCAACCUGAUGGGAAAAUUAAAUAUCAGAUGGAGUGUGUGAAAAGUUUGAAAUUAUUUUUUUUUAAUGAGGGAUGUAAACAUAGCAUAAUAAGCUUGUUGUAUUUGAUAACUUGUCUUCCCUGUUUCUGUGUAACAUGAUUUGUUCAGUAAUAGGGGAAAAUGUCACUUAGUAGCUUACCACAGAUACUAUUUCCUACCAUUUAUAAAAUUUACUUUUUAUUGGAGAACUAUUUUUUUGAUUUUUGCAUUAAGUGGUCUAGAAUUCUUUUGCAAUGCAUUUGCAACAGAGUUUUGUAGCCUUAAGGGUAGGGGAAAAAAACUGACUGCAAAUCAUGUCAGUGUAGUACAAGACUCUGAAAAUACAUAAGGGCUGGGUAUUAAGGAUUUACCUCCUCCUUAAAAAAAAAAAUGGCUUUUUAACCUUUGCUGACAAGAUAUUGUCUGUGUGGUUCAAUUAUCCUUGUGAAUUUGGAUCGAACAGCAGAAGAUACCUAUUAAAAUAUUGUCUUGGCAUAGAGAUUAUAAAUGAGGAAAUGGAAUGUUUGCAUCCCUUUAAAAAAAUGAAAAUCAUAUCAAAACUGUUGUUUCAGGAGACUUUGUAUUUGGAAUACUCAUGUAAAACUUGUGAGCAAGCUUUCAUUUUGAUCAAACUGAUCAUCUUCAUUUUUGUAAUAAAACUGAAGACUCA